CAGUUCUGAGUUGAUUUUCAAAAAGUUAGGAUUUUAUGCUCUAUUUCUAGGUUGACCUAUUGAUUGGAGAACCAUACUAUUAUGGAAAUGAGGGAAUGCUUCCAUGGCAGAACCUGCGUUUUUGGAAGGAACGAACAAUGCUUGAUCCCAUCCCAUCCUCUCAAAGGAUGUGUUGAUAAUGCCUUGUAAAGGAAUGUUGAAGGCAUGUGCUAUGUCUCUGCCGGUGAAAUUCACUGAGCCUGGGAUAUGCCAUGGGUUUGUCCUAUGGAUUGAUUGGGUGAUGGAUGCAGACAAUGCAAUUGUGUUGUCAACUGGGCCGGAUCACAGAUAUUGGAAGCAGGGGGUUAAGCUUCUAGCUAAGCCUGUAGCAGUUGGAAUACAAAGAUCCGAAUGCACAUCUGAAUCAGUUUCUGCCGUGGUUGAAGCAGCGUUUAAUCCUGCCAGCGGUGAGCUCAUAAUCAAACACGUUUUCUCAUGAUUUCUGUGUGUUUUAGGAGAGCCCUUGAGUUUUGACCAUUUUUUCUGGCCGUCCUUGAGUUGGACUUAAUCUCUAAAUUAUCUUAUAUUUAACCGAGUGAAAUUUCCAAUUACUUGUGAAAAUUCUCUGUUUUAAUAUUGUGGGAAAUGUUUGCCGAGUUCUGCUACCACUCGGGCUUAUCAUCUUCUCCUUAAAAAAGAGAACUCAAAAAU